AUGUCGUCGUUUGUACGCAGAUCGUUUGCUCUGAUUUUCUUCGCAGCCUUCAUCGGCGCGCGUUCGGCCUUCGGGGAUGAUCAAGCGUCCGAGAAUCCGCAGCCAGACAUAACGACAUCGUCACAUUGCCCCAAAGGUGCGGACUGCUCUUUUAUCGGCGAGUUCGAUAGGCGCCAUAUUCAUCUAGGAACAUACGACGGUCUGGAUCGUAAGCCCCUGGUGAUCACAGUGCACAAGAGCAACCUCAAAGAACGUCGGGUAUACGCAGUUACCGCGCUGAGCGAUGUAGGUACUGGUAACGAGUGGAUGAGCAUUGGAAUCUUGAACGAGGAAGAACACAAGGAAGUUAAAGGACAUCAUCAAAAAUACUACAAAAAUAUUUUGACAGAGAUGUUCAUGAAGCGGACCAUAAGGGUCGGAGUUUCUGCACAUGGCAUCGAAACGCUUGCUUUCGCACCCAGAGAUGUCACAAGUAUAAACGAUGACAUGCGCCGUUUAGUCCGCGAUGAGGCACGUGUUCAGUCCGAGGCAUUAACACAUGUUGACACCACUCAAGACGGCAAAGAGGUCAAUAUCCCGCCCGAGUUCACCUCUGAAAAUAGGAUAGAAGUAUCGAAAGGCAGCAUCAUUAUCCACCCAGACGCCAUGGAAGGCAAAUACUACCUGGAUUUCGCAUAUGGAAAUCCCUUCGGUGGCCCCAAGAUGGUUUGCUUCAAGGAAGUGAUCGUGAAGGUACUGCCGUAA